GCUGCAGUUACAGCAGUGCCAGUAACGCCAGGGGGAGUGUUCGCCCAGGGCGCCAAACAGGCUAGGACCGCCACUGAGCGUCAGGCUGACUGAAGCUGCGUUCUGAUAAAUCACGUGACUAUGCUGUUUGUCUGUGAUCAACACCUGGGCUCAGGUAAUGACAUCGAUGUGAAUGGAGUGAUUUCAGCUCCACUGCUCAGAGUUUUGACUCAACACCUGUCAGGUGAUCCUGGCAGGAUCACAGGAAGCUGAAAAGGUCCUUAAAGGGAUCAUCCUAUAGUGUUUCAUCAAACGUCCUAUUACUGCAGUCUGUCCUUCCUGUUCACGCUCAGCUCAGAGUGUGUGGUACAGGUUGUAAUUUUCAUUGAUGUGGAUCAAACGUCAUACCUCUGCCUACAGGAAUGAAUCAUCAAAUCAAGUAAAAAUGCAAACAGAGACUGUGCCCUGUUGACUGUAUUCAUUAUCAUCUACAUCUAUCAAGUCUACUGAUGUGACCUUUGACCUUACAGGAACUGACUUUUGUCCACUUCUGGUAAUUUGUGUGAGGUCCACAUCCAGUAAUCAAAUCAAUGUUUUAAAAUAAUUUUCAAAAUCUUUUUAUAUUCAUUGAUAUUCGUGUUUACUGGAACAUUAUUAAGACGGACUUGAUUUAAAUUUUAUGAUUUUAGUUUUGCUCCUCUUGAGAUGAUUGGUCUUGAUGCUAUUAUUUUGAAGAACCGCACAGGAAGCUGCGGCUGUUUCCGCCAGCUUGCUUCAGCUUCAGUCGAGUUUCCAAGGAGAGAAAUAUCAGACGCGCUUCAGCUCGGACGGGACUUCUCAGAGCAAACACCCACACACACUCGGGGCUGACCUUUGACCUCUGGGACAUUUUGGGGUCCGGGCGGGAAGCUCGCGGACGGUGUAGACCCGGGACAGACUACCAUGGCCCGGCCGAGGAAGAAAAGCUGCUCUGGGUGCUGAACAUGAAGCUCCGCGGGGGGAGACAGAGAGAGCGCAGACUGCAGUAACACACGGAGGGAGAGGAGGCACUUUAAUUCAGGAGAGAAGAAGAGGAGGAUGAAGAUGGGAGGGAUAGUGGAGCUGCUGGGCAUCAGCUGGCUCCUCUUCCUCCUGCUGUUCAUCGGAAACGGUCACUGCAGAGACUCUCACCAGACCAAGCACCUGUCCUCCUAUCAGCUGACUGUCCCUCGACCAAUCGGAGGCAGGCUGAGGAGGGACGUGAAUGGAAGACUGCCCAAUCAGGUGUCCUACAUCAUCAGCGUGGAUGGAAGCGAUCGCGUCGUCCAUCUGGAGAGAAACGAGCUGCUGCUGCCUGCAGACUUCACCGUGUUCUCCUACAGUCCCAACGGAUCCCUGGUCACAUCCACGCCACCUGUCCAGGACCACUGUCACUAUCGCGGCUUCGUCCAGGGCGUGGAGGGCUCAUCCGUCGCCAUGAGCAUCUGCAACGGCCUCAGAGGAGUGAUGCACCUCAGUGUUGGCAGCUAUGGGAUUGAGCCGCUAGACUCCGCCACCGACCAGCACCUGGUGUAUCGCCUGCAGGAUGUGACAUCACAGCCCCGAGGGUGCCAAACGCCGCACUACGAGCACGGCCCCAACUCUACAGAGCGUGCUCAGGCCAGCUGGGAGGAGAUCCCUAACGGGCAGCACAGACGGGUGAGGAGAGCCGUCCUCCACAAGACGCACUACGUGGAGCUGCUGCUGGUGGUCGACAACGAGAGGUUUAACUUCAUGAGCAGGAACGCGACGGCAGUGAGGGAGGAGAUGGUUCUGCUCGCCAACCUCGUGGACAGCAUCUACAUGCAGCUGAAUAUCCGGGUGGUUCUGGUUGGUUUGGAGAUCUGGACUCAGCAGAACCAGAUCAGCACUGACGGAGCGGCUGGAGAAGUCCUGAAUCGCUUCACCCAGUGGAGGGAGAAGGAGCUGGUUCCUCGCCGCCGCCAUGACUCAGCACAGCUCAUCCUGAGGAAGAAUUUCGGACAGACGGCCGGGAUGGCGUUCGUCUCCACUGUCUGCUCCAGGAGUCAUGGAGGCGGGAUCAACGCGUUCAACAACAACCUCGUGGUCUCGUUCGCCUCCAUCGUUGCUCACGAGCUCGGCCACAACCUCGGCAUGAACCACGACGACGGCCGACAGUGCACGUGUCCCACCGGCGCCUGCAUCAUGAACUCUGGAGCCACAGGGUCAAAGAACUUCAGCAGCUGUAGCGCCGAUGACUUUGAGAAGAUGAUCCUGCUGACGGGGGGGGCGUGCCUGCUGAACGUCCCGCGGCCCGACGAGGCCUACAGCGCCCCCUACUGUGGAAACAGGCUGGUGGACUUCGGGGAGGAGUGCGACUGUGGCUCAGAGAAGGAGUGUGAGGAGGACCCCUGCUGUGAGUAUCGGACCUGUAAGCUGAAGUCUGGAGCUCAGUGUGCGUACGGCGAGUGCUGCUCCAACUGUCAGUUCCUGCCGGGGGGAACCGUGUGUCGCGCCAGCACAGAUGAGUGCGACCUGCCUGAGUUCUGUAACGGCUCCUCGUCCUUGUGUCAGAGCGACGUCUUCAUCCAGAACGGGCAGUCCUGCAGGAAACAGGAGGCCUACUGUUACAACGGGAAGUGUCAGCACUACGACAGCCAGUGUCAGGCCAUCUUUGGAGACAAGGCGAAGGCGGCUCCUGAGCUCUGCUUCAAAGAAGUCAACAGCAAAGGAGAUCGCUUCGGCAACUGUGGCUACCUCAACAACGGCUUCAAGAAGUGCGAGAGCAGAAACGCCAUGUGUGGGAAACUGCAGUGCUCCAACGUUCAGGCGAAGACGGUGUUUGGCAUCGAGCCGUCGAUCAUCAGCACGCCAAUCGCCGGAGGGAAAUGCUACGGCGUGGACUUCAUGCUGGGGUCGGACGUCCCCGACCCCGGGAUGGUGAACGAAGGGACCAAGUGUGGAGAGAACAAGGUGUGUGUGAACUUUGAGUGCCGCAGCGCCGACGUCCUGAGCUACGAUUGCGAUGUGCACACCAAAUGUCACGGACACGGGGUGUGCAACAGCAACAGGAACUGCCACUGCGACUAUGGCUGGGCUCCGCCUUCCUGCGAGUUAUCGGGUUACGGUGGAAGCGUUGACAGCGGACCCACGUGGAACGAUAAGGACACGUCUCUCAGGGACGGCCUGCUUGUCCUCUUCUUCUUCAUCCUCCCGCUGCUCGCUCUCGGCGUCUUCGUUUUCCUGCGCAGGAACGAGCUGCUGCGGCGACUCGGGCUGAGCCGCAGGAAGAGGUCUCAGGGAUAUGAGGCUGACGGCAUGGCUUCAGCCAAUCACAGCAGGAGACCGCCUCCCAGAGCGCAACCUCCAUCUGUUGCCCGGGGUAACGCCAAUAACAUCGUCAGAGACGGGCACCACGCUCAGCUGCUGCCACCACAAGAGGUGGUGGAAACCAGCCGGACGGCUCCUUCCCAUGCUCUGAAGCCACCACCGCCUCCUCUAAAACCGAAACCUUCUGCUGCGUCUCAACCUCUGGUGCCUCAAAGACCUGCACCCGCGCCUCCUGUUUAACCAAUCAGGGGUCUUCUAACGACACCUGGAUGACCCCCCCCCCCUUCUACUUAUCUUCAAACCCUUCCCAGCGAACUCAGAGCUAGUUCCUUAACAGCCAGGAACAAUUCUGUAGCCACGAUAACCAGCUGGCCAGACUGCACGGCCAUCGCAGUGAAAUGGAUCCAGGUGGACCGGACGAGAAACUUUGCAGAACCUCCAGGAACCCAGCAGGUCCAAGCUGGAGCCGCUGCUCUUCUCUAACCUAACCAGGCAAUCGGAUUGUCCUGAAAGCACGAGUUCUUCUGAUUGAUUGGUUUUACGAAGCCUGCUUAAGUAUUUUUAAACUUUCUGAUUUAGUCAUGUGACCUUUCAAACAAAGUAUAGCAAGUAUAGCAGGCCAUGUGGGCCUCUCUCUCUGAUUGGCUGGUUUGUAGUUGUGGGUGGAGCAUGUAUCUGAGCACUGGUUUGUUUCUUUUCUGUCUCUGAAUGAAAGCACUGAUAGCGCCGCCCAUCUGCUCAGCACUGUUUUAGGAAUGUAACGCGCCCUCCUGCGGUUGUGUGCCGGUGUGUUUGUUUCUAUCGUCUGGCUCGCCCUGCGUUCGCUCCCUCGCUCUUCACAGAACUGUAAAUCUACGAUAUGCAAACAGCGUCUGAGCGCGUAGCUCCUCUGGUCUCAGUUCGUCAUGCAGCAUGGCGCCGUCUCUGCAGGGAACGAACGCUCACUAGGCGAGGCUGCUCGGUAUGCCUCUACUGUCCAGGUAUUUCCACCAGUUAAAAUAUGAGUCUGAGCUUGCAAAGCAUUCUGGGAACCGUAGGCAGUCACAUUUGGUACAAGCAAAGUGGAUUAAUCUGUCAGAAUUGAAACUAAAUAAGAUGAGUUCAGACCUGCACUGAGAACAUGUUCACUACAAGUCUGGGAUCAAACUGAACAGCAGUACCUACCAGCUCCUCCCAACAUCGUUCAUUUCUUUCUUUCAAAGACUUUAGAAAACACACUCAUUCCUGAUUAUUGUUACCAGUGUGACUGACUCAGUGGAGCUUUUUUUAAAUCUGUCGCUCUUCUGUUAAGGUUGAAGCUUUUUGUAGAUCCACAUGUUUCUUCUGGGGGGACACAGACCCCGUUUCACCAGUGUUUUAAAAAUGAAUUAUGUCCAGUGGAAGCAGAACUUUAGCAGAAACAUGAACUUGGGUGCAGCCUGCUGAGCAUUCACAGAAUGUGUGACGGCGUCUGAAGGUGGAACAAAGUCCUUGAAAUUCUUGGCAAUAAUGUCCCGAGAGCGUCCACGCUUCCUGUCCCGGGCGAGCAGCGAUCACGCUGAACUCUUCCCGCAUUCAGGGCGUCUGAUUCAAACCAGGGAUUUUUACACCACCGGUGAACCAAAUGCUUGCGUUCUGCAGCUGACGAGCCUGGAUGCACUGUGCUGUGUAGCCACGUUGGUAUUUUUAAAUGCCUUUUUUCACUUACUUUGCUCUUUUGAGGGUUUUUGCACAGAAACUGAGGACUCCGCUGAGGAUGUUGAUGUGUUGCUCACAGGGCUAUCUUAGUGCCAUUUGACUGUUCAUGCCAAAAAAAUAAACCGUAGUCUGUGCUGAGCUCCUGAGUGAAGACAGUCGGAUGCAGUUAUUUAAAGAGCUGAGAGCAGCUGAAGCUUCAGGUUACAGGCAGCUGCUGACUGCAGCGUUUAAAGGGGAUCCGUUCUUAUCGUUUCCACCUCUGCACUUUGUCAGAGUAGCUUUUCAUGAUUCACAACUUAAAUGAAUCCAAAUUUCUGUAAUGCAAUCAAAGCUUCACCUCACAAAGCUUAAAGUUAGCUUAGAGGCAUCUCCACGGUGCAGUUAGCUUCAGGUGCAGAGUCAGUUUGGAGUUUGUGGGAUGACUUCGCUCAUAAUUUAGCAAAGUCUCUGCUCCUGUUAGCUAGCUGCCUUAAAGUUAGCUGAUGUGAAAGGUUUGUGGUGUAUAUGCGUUUGGAAGUUUGGCCAUGUUAAAUAUGAAUAUUACAAAAUUGUAAAAUCAAAACUCUUGGUGCUCAGCAGCCAUCUUGGUAAUUUAAAGUGUUUAUUUCUCCAGGUUAAGCUGACUUUAAGACCCUAAUUUCAUGAAAUUGGGUGAAUACAUGUACUUUUACCAAAAACCCCAAACAGGUAAAAGGUCACAGCACAGCUGGUGGUCCAGGUGGAAAAAGCUUUAAGUGUUAUUUUGGGUCAGCACAGGCCAACGUGAAGCGGUCCCCUUUAAAGCCAAUCAGACAUCCUCAGUGGGGUUACAUUCAUACUGAACCUGUGUAAAAGAUUUAAUUUUCUGUUAUUAUGAAUGAUUUAAUCAUUUCUUUUUGCUUUUCACCUGUAAUCUGUGGUCAUUUGAACAUUUAAUUAUUAACGUUGCUGUGUGGCGUGGAAGCCUCCGCGCUGACUGAUGAUUUUUAUGAUUCGAUGGAUGAUCUCUCACCUGUUGGACAGGUUCAGGUUGUUACAGCCAGUGGAGCUCAAACUUGUGCUGCUUGCUGUGAAAACCAAACCUGGAAGAAUAAAGGUCCUUCAGCUGAACAUGAUAAUUUAAUAAACUCUGUUCAUACAGACUGUGAUUUGUUUGCUUUCAGACUUAAUAAAGGUGCACAGAAAAUAGUU